UUUUUCUAUACCAUGUUGGCAAGGCUGGUGGUAACGAAAGGGGUAUAAGUUCGAUUCGAUAAAACGACCAUGUAGUCACGCACUUUAAAAGAAAAACAUCGUUCUGAAUUACUUUUGACGUAGUCGCAUAGUAAUAUUCACAAAUUUUAAAAACCCAACUUAAAAGCUAUAUUUUUCGCCAUGUCACACUCGAGCAGAGGAGCAGAGACUUCUGCUGCUGCGGUCGCUUCAUCUACGAGCGGCCCACAGCCCUUAGUCAAAAUUGGACACUAUUCUCUAGGAGCGACCUUGGGAACGGGAACUUUUGGCAAAGUUAAAAUCGGUGAACAUCAGCUAACAAAGCAUAAAGUUGCCAUCAAAAUUUUAAACAGACAAAAAAUUAAAAGCCUUGAUGUUGUCGGCAAAAUUCGAAGAGAAAUUCAAAACUUAAAAUUGUUCCGACAUCCUCAUAUUAUUAAAUUAUAUCAGGUCAUCUCAACGCCAAGCGAUAUUUUUAUGAUUAUGGAAUAUGUGAGUGGUGGAGAGCUCUUCGAUUACAUUGUUAAGAAUGGAAAACUGCAAGAGCAUGAAGCUCGCCGUUUUUUCCAACAAAUUAUAUCAGGGGUUGACUAUUGCCAUCGGCAUAUGAUUGUACAUAGAGAUUUAAAACCAGAGAAUUUGCUUCUCGACCAUAAUAUGCAUGUUAAGAUUGCUGACUUCGGUCUGUCUAACAUGAUGUUGGAUGGAGAAUUCUUACGCACUUCAUGUGGUUCUCCUAAUUAUGCUGCACCCGAGGUUAUUUCUGGAAAACUUUAUGCUGGACCCGAAGUUGAUAUCUGGUCAUGUGGGGUUAUUCUGUAUGCCUUAUUGUGUGGAACUCUUCCUUUUGAUGAUGAACAUGUACCGACAUUGUUUCGCAAAAUAAAAUCAGGAAUUUUUCCUAUUCCCGAGUAUUUGAACAAACAGGUGGUAAAUCUUGUAUGUCAAAUGCUUCAAGUUGACCCUCUGAAACGAGCUAAUAUCGAAGAAAUCAAAAAACACGAUUGGUUUCAAAAAGAUUUGCCCUCAUAUCUUUUUCCUUCAACAAUUGAACAAGACAGCAAUGUCAUCGAUACUUAUGCUGUUUCAGAGGUUUGCGGGAAAUUUGGCGUGAAGGAGGCUGAAGUUCAUAAUGCUCUGCUAAGUGGUGAUCCGCAUGAUCAAUUAGCUAUUGCAUAUCAUUUGAUUAUUGACAACAAACGUUUUGCUGAUGAACAAGCCAAAGCUGAAAUAACUAAUUUCUUCGUUGCUGGGAGCCCACCCUCCGUUGCUAAUUCGCCAAGUGAAAGGCCACAGGAUAGAGCUAGUGCUUUAAAUGCCGGGGCAACGGGACCUAAUUCUAGCUUUAGACCCCACCCAGAGCGGAUUGCUCCACUAAGAGACCGUCAGAUGGCAAUGUCAAUGCAAACUCAGUCUGCUGCAAAUGCUACCUAUCCCGAUCGGCCAAAGGGAACACCAAUUAAACGAGCUAAAUGGCAUUUGGGUAUCCGUUCGCAGAGCAAGCCUAAUGAUAUUAUGCUUGAGGUGUAUAGGGCAAUGAAGGCACUGGAUUACGAAUGGAAAAUUAUCAAUCCAUACCAUGUGCGUGUUCGGCGACAGAAUCAUUUGAAUGGUAAAUUUUCUAAAAUGUCGUUGCAACUGUAUCAAGUGGACGCUAAGAGUUAUUUGCUGGAUUUCAAGUCACUGACCAAUGAUGAAGUUGAACAGGGCGAUGAUGUUAUUAUGGAAAGUCUUACUCCGCCCCCAAUAAUGAAUAGUGGAAUUAUGCCACAACAACCGACAGGACAUCAUACUAUGGAAUUUUUCGAAAUGUGUGCUGCUCUAAUUAUUCAAUUGGCCCGUUAAUCUUAUCUUUAUAUACAUAUAUUAUAUUUUAGUAUUAGAGCUUGUAUAUUCUGUUUUCAGAUAUAAAAUUAUAUUACAUUAUUCGAUCUAA